AUGUUAGCGUAUUUUCUUCUUUUGCACUGUAUUGGCUUUAAUGGAAGUUGGGCUUUUUGCUUAGGUUCUGGUGCAGAUAUUCCAAUUCCUGACCAAAAAGGAGGCAGAUCGUAUUUUCAAGAUAAUUAUAACGUCUCUGUGGUUAUAGAAUUAUGUACUGCUGUCGAUGUAACGCCUUUGCCUGAAAAUCUGAGUGCUCCAAAGGAAGAAGAUUCUGAUAAAACAAAGGAUAAACGUGAUGAUGAUCGGGAUAUGAAGACUUUGGAUGAAGUAAUGCGUGAGUCAAAGAAACAAUCCGAUGAGCUUUAA